AGUUUGCAACUCCGACACUCUGUCAACGCAGCGCGUGACUUCACUCUCCGUAUCCAGAGGCAGAAUCGCGCUUCCCUUCUCUGCCGCCACCACCACCACCACCAGCAGCAAUGGCGUCGAAGCCGGUCACCGCCCCAGUCCCGAUCACUUGGUACCCAACCCUAGCAGUUUUCAUGCUCUCCAUCGGCCUUCUCAUCACCGCUUCCUUCUUCAUCUAUGAAGCCACAUCCUCGAGAAAAACCCGCAGUCUUCCGAAAGAACUGACCACAGGGGCGCUGGCAUCUUUCUUUCUGGGUUUUGGAUCCUUGUUCCUGCUACUUGCAUCUGGCGUUUAUGUUUAGACUAUCUAUGAUAAUAUCUUUUUGAUGUUUAGACUAUAUAUGAUAUUAUCCUUUUUAUGUUUAGACUAUCUAUGAAAUUUACUCCCAGUAGAACUGAUGAAAAUUUUGUUUAAUGUAGAAGAAAUGUUGACGGUUUUCAGCUAAAUUAGAGUAUUUUGGUAAUGAGAUCCAGAACUUCUUCUUAACCUUGAUGAUGAUAGUUUCGAGUGGUUCUUUUUCCCAGACGACCUCCGCGUUGUUGUGGUUUGCAGUUGCAGUUGGAUUAAUUAUCCAGACGGCAAUUACUGGGUUGUGUUCUACAUUUACAUGGCUGUUGCAGUAGGUCGGUAGAUCUUGGUUGAGCUUGAAAGUUAUACUUAGUUUAGUAGUAGCAACUAGCAAGACAAGAUUUAGUGGGCAAUGGAUAUGGCAU